AUGGGUCUCCUCAUGUAUCAAACCAUGGUCGUCCUCACCUGCCUUACCAAAGGAAACAGACCUUCGUGUACUUUUGACAUUGAAGUUAAUACAAACGUUAAGGUUAAUCGAUUCAAAGAGUUGAUCAGAGAUGACCAAAAGCACACCUUCGCUAAAUUUGAUACCAGCCAACUCAUUCUAUGGAAAAUAAACAUUCCAAACAACCGUGUCAACGAAAUUCAUGACCUUGAUCUUGAAAAUGAUCUGAACAUAGAAGAGAUGUUUGGUUUAAAGGAGAUUCGCAAGUACUUUGAAAAUAUACCUAAUGGAAGCAUUCAUAUUUUAUCUCAUGAAUCCAAUAAAAAGGUUGAAGAAUUGGGAGAUGAUUUACAAAGAUUAGCAAUAGGUGAGGCCUUUCUUAUUCGUGAAAGUCAGUGUAGCAAC